GGUUCUGCCUUGUAUUAAAGGUAAGAGUAGGAUGAAGAAGACAUAGUGGAGUGAGAGAGAGAGAGAGGUUCUGAAGUCUCUAAUUGGAGAGUAAUUGAUAAUGGAAGAACAUCUCUGCCCAUUAGCUGUGACUCAUCUCCUUCAACACACCCUGCGAAGCUUGUGUAUUCAUGAAAACUCUCAGUGGGUUUAUGCUGUUUUCUGGAGGAUCUUGCCUAGGAACUACCCACCACCCAAGUGGGAUUGUCAAGGAGCCUAUGAUAGGUCUAGAGGAAACAGAAGAAACUGGAUAUUGGUUUGGGAAGACGGUUUCUGCAACUUUUUUGCAUCAACUGCAGAGAUCAAGUCUAGCGAUUAUCCAAGUACAUCUGUUUAUGACAACUGUGAAUUUCAACCGUAUCAAGGGCUUCAACCAGAGCUCUUCUUCAAGAUGUCCCAUGAAAUCUAUAAUUACGGAGAAGGUUUGAUCGGUAAAGUAGCUGCUGACCAUAGUCAUAAGUGGAUAUACAAAGAACCAAAUCAUCAAGAAAUCAACUUUUUGACAUCAUGGCAUAACUCAGCUGAUUCACAUCCUAGGACAUGGGAAGCCCAGUUCCAAUCUGGUAUCAAGACCAUAGCCCUGAUUGCAGUGAGAGAAGGUGUUGUUCAGCUAGGAGCAGUCCACAAGGUAAUUGAAGACCUGAGCUAUGUAGUUCUGCUAAGAAAGAAAUUCAGCUACAUAGAAAGCAUUCCUGGCGUUCUCUUGCCACACCCAUCAUCAUCCGCAUUCCCUUACAAGGUGGAUGAAAUAUAUGGCACACCAGAAUCAUGGCACUACCACAACACUAAUAUUGUACAAUCAACAGAGCUGCAUGGCCACGUCAACCAAGUCCCACUGAAGAUAACACCCUCCAUGAGCAGCCUUGAAGCUCUACUCUCCAAGCUACCAUCAGUAGUGCCACCUCCACAGUCAGGUUCAGGAUACUUUGCUGAGUUACAGCCACAGUCAGAGACCCCGUACCUGCCCAUGGAAUACAUGGACAUGGAGAAGGCGGCGAAGGAGGAGAUUGAUGAAGAUCAUAGAGGGGAAGAUGUCAUGGGUGAGAGUAGUAGUUCAAUGUCAGCUUACCGUAGACGCAAAUUUCAAAAUUGAGGAUUAAAAAUUGAAUGUACUUUGGGGUGAAAGCUAUUAUUACCUGGUAUCUAUUAGUGCAUGUAGGUGGGAUAUGAGGAUUGAUUUCUAGAGUCUAACGUUGUAAGCCUUUUAGAUACAAUGAGAAAUCCUUGUUAAAAUCAGAUUUAUAUGAAUUCAAAAUAUAAUUAUAUGAAAUUUUAUAAUUA